AUGAGUAGAAACGUCGACAAAGCUAACUCAGUAUUGGUACGGUUCCAAGAACUGGAAGCCGAAAAGGCAGGUGGCUACAAGGACUACUCAAGAUAUAAAAGACCUUCGAAGAUCUCAUCGGUAAAGGACUCUAGCGAAGCACAGCAAUGGCGUCGCCAGGUUAUUCACGACAUCAACUCAAGGCUGACUCGCAUGCACGAUCCAUCUUUAAAUGAGUUGCAACUUCGGGAACUGAACGAUGAGUUGAAUGAUCUAUUCGCGGAAAAGGGACGUUGGGAACGUCAUAUCCACAGAACAUUGAAAGGCCCUAGUUUUUCUCGUGAUAAUGCUCUCAAAUUUACUGGUACCAACAUCAAGGGACGUCGGUAUUUCGGCAGAGCCCUUGACCUCCCUGAAGUUCGGGAACUGGCGCGAGUUGACCUCGAGCGUCGUACCAAACUUCAGACCAACCGCCAACGUGAAAAGAUUCUACACGAUAAAGUACGAACUUGGAAGAAGACUCUUGAUCCGGAAUAUUACGGGUUUUUGCCAAACGAGCAUUUGACCUUUGAGAGGCCACUGGAGAUCAACUCGAACACAAUUCAUCAAAUAUUGACACCGAAGCCCUUCCAAAAGUCAGCAUUUAACGACUAUGAAGAAGACAAAUCAUUACAAUUGAAAUCUGAGCUGGGUAGUCAGGAGUCAGUGAUUUCACCAAGUAUCAUAAUCCCAGAGUUCGAAACCAUACCGGACCAAAAAGAUUUGGAAAUAUGGCUUGUAGAAAGACGUAAAUUACAAUUACAGAAACAGCUUGGUCUUUGA